CCGGAGUCCAUCGCCGGCGCACUUCGCUAGUUCCUGUAGCAGUACCAAUCCCCGGGAGAUGGAACGAAGGAUUUUUGUUGGAAAUUUGCCGACGUCUGACAUGGAUAAGAAGGAUUUGAUUAAUCUUUUCAGCCCAUACGGAAAGAUAUGUGGUCAGUAAACACUUAAUCAUGUGCAACAAAGUUAAUAACUGUAAUUUAAAGACAAUUGUCAAAUUAGCAACUUUUUUAACUUGACUCUUGAAGCUUGUAACACUGUAACUUAAUUCCCACCAUGCUUGGCUAAAUGGGUAGGUAUCUACUCCAGUAUUUUUCUUGUAGAACUUAAAAUGUCCUUUUUUCAGGCGUUUCCCUGUUGCGUGGAUAUGGAUUUGUACAAUUUGAACGUGUAGAGGAAGCGGAAUCUGCAAAGCUGGCCCAAAAGGGUCGAAUUUAUAAAGGGUAUAAAAUAGGUAAGCCUUGACUGCACCCAGUCUGACUAUACUUUCUGUACAAUACAUGCAGAGAAUAAAUGCUGAUACACAAGUUUACAUACACCAUGAGAGGACAUACUAUGUACUUGUUUUGUCUUAAGUCUGUUAGUCCCCGGUUUACGAAUGAGUUCUGUUCCUAGGCUGGCAAUCUAACCCGGAUUUCCGCACAUGUCUGAAUUACCCCUUUAAAUACCUCAAAACACAAUCUAAUUAAAAAAAAAAAAAAAGACUAUCCAUAAAUAUGUAUUAAACUGUACGUCAUUGUACUACCCUCGUCAAGACGUUGGAGCUAAGUCCAAGCUAUACAGUGAGCUUAGCUCUGAAAUGACGAUGUCAGACGUAGGAGUGGGAAUCUCAGGGCACCUCUCGAUACGAUACGAUUCGCGAUACAAGGCUCAUUAUAACGAUUAUCUCACAACAUCGCGAUACAGCGAUUACCGAUAUAUUGGUCAGAAAAUUGAUACAUGAUAUUCUACAAUUCAACUGUUAAAACGAAAAACAAGAUAUUUUGAAAUAGAAAAAAAAUUACUGUUGAGUCAUUUAUUAGUGACACAUUUUCUGUGCAACAUUGUAGUAAAAUAUUAAUCUACUACAAUUUUUUUUACCUGCACAUAUAGAGGAACCACAGCCACUGAUAUCUCUUGGCGAGAUGAUGAAUGGCACCCUUAUUUCUUUAAAAUUUUAAAUCUUUUAAAUAGGGCUGUCAAAAUUAUCGCGUUAACGGGCAUUAAUUAUUUUUUAAAAUUAAUCACGUUAAAAUAUUUGACGCAAUUAACGCACUGGCCCCGCUCAGACAGAUUUAAAUGUCAGUACAGUGAAAGGCCAACUUGUUAAUUGUGUUUUAUGGAGUUUUUCCGCCCUCUGCUGGCACUUGGGUGUGACUUGCAUAUAUUAUGUGGCGUAAUGUCGCCCUCUGCUGGCGAUUCAGUGCAGCUGAUUAUUUGGGUUUCGGCGCGCUUUUCUGACGUGAUUAUAUGUCGACGCGAACUCACACUAAUAGACAGUGCUAUUCAGAGCAGCUAACGUCCGCAUCCAGUAUUCAGUGGCAGUUCUCAUAGCCCCAUCACACUGUUUGUGUCUAAUACAUGCAUCGCUUGUGAGUUAUAUUCCUCCUUUGUUUAUAUUCAUGAGCAUUAGAUAGUUAUUGAUGAUGUGUAUUUGAAUUUGUUCACAUAUAUGGUGAAAUGCAGUUACAUUGUUAGAUGCUUGUGAGCUAAUUGGCUAGUGCUACUGCUCAAAUGGACACGUGUGUGUACAUUUUAUGUUAUUUUGUGAUUCAUGCAAGUUAUUGACACAUUGCCUUGUUAUUUUCAGUUUUACAAAAAUACAAGAAACGUGCGCCUGUCAAAAAGAGAUGACUUCAGUAAAGCCCAUGCAACUUUGCCACACCGUCUGAUUUCUUUUUGGAACUUAUGUUCGCUAUCUGUCAGUUUGUGUACUCACACACAUUGAGGACAGAAUAGGGCUACUAGUUUAUUUUUUGAUUGAAAAUUUUACAAAUUUUAUUAAAACGAAAACAUUAAGAGGCGUUUUAAUAUAACAUUUCUACAACUUGUACUAAUAUUCAUCUUUUAAGAACUACAAGUCUUUCUAUCCAUGGAUCACUUUAACAGAAUGUUAAUAAUGUUAGUGCCAUCUUGUUGAUUUAUUGUUAUAUUAAACAAAUACAGUCCUUAUGUACCGUAUGUUGAAUGUAUAUAUCCAUCUUGUCUUAUCUUUCCAUUCCAACAAUAAUUUACAGAAAAAUAUGGCAUAUUUUAUAGCGUUUGAAUUGCGAUUAAUUGCGAUUAAUUACGAUUAAUUAAUUUUUAAGCUGUAAUUAACUCGAUUAAAAUUUUUAAUCGUUUGACAGCCCUACUUUUAAAAUCUUUAACACUGCUGUAGGUGUCGGUUAGCAGUUGUGCUUGUAGUGUGGCAAUGAUAGAAUUGUUGCUUCUCUUUUCUUCAUACAUGACCGUUGUUGCCACAAAAAUUGGUUUGAGCACUUCCACCAUCUGCUUCAGCAUCCGACUUGUCGGACUCGGUCAGUCACAUUCUUCCUCACCUUAACAACAAAAUAAAACAAAAAAUAUUAGCUUUUGAGUUGAAAUCCUGUUUUUUUAGUGUUGGGAGUAUUGAGUGAAUUAAAAAAUAUGAAUUGAAUGGAUAGAUAGAUAGAUAGAUAGAUAGAUAGAUGUUUAUUUAACAGACGCAAUGUCCAAUUCACAACAACACAACACAAGAGACCAAACACAUAAUAAUAAAAAACAAUAACAAGUGGACUACAAUAAACGACACUGGGUCUUCUAGCGACUCACUUUUAAAAGGCACAUUUACCAGUGCUUCCAAAUUCGUGACAAGUAGCGUGUAAAACUGCAAAAUAUUAGUCGGGCCCAACACAAUCACAUUUUUAGAACCAUUCAGAUGACCAGUAAAAUUAAACAUGAGAAUCCUUAAAACAGACUGAAGGGUAUUCACCCAAGCUGCUACAAACAUAUCUGAGGCAUUAUUCCAUCUGGCCCUUUUCAACAAGUUUCUCAUAGUCAUUAAAUGCCACCUGAACUUCCUGAAGUCUCUGUUAACUUGGCUUUGUUAUAAUUAGACCACAGAUGCACAGUGUAGAGGGGUGUACAAUAGGCCUUUAACAGGGCCACCUUGACCUCAUCAGAGCACUGACCAAAUUUACGGGAAGGGAUGUUAGCUUGGACAUAUAGAACGACACUGACGAAGUAUGUACUCAUUGUGAGCGUGUCUGUGAUCAUAUGACAGAGAUAUUUCAACUGACUGCAGGACUUUAACACCUGACCUGACAACCCAAAAGUCAAGGAAGACCAACCGUUUGUCCUCAUUUGUCCUCACGAUCACAACGACACUCUUAGCAUCAUUGAAUUUUAUAUCGUGUAACUCCCUGUACCCGGCACCUACAGUGAGCAGCUUUGACGAGCUGAAUUCGGACUGGUAAGCACACCGUCGUCUGCAUACAUAAGACGGUUUACCAACAGCCAUGCAACCAGUUUUACACCUGCUUAACUGCUUUGACAAAUCAUUCAUAUAAAAAUGUAACAUUGGAAAUGGGAUGCUCCCCUGUCUAACCCCAUUGGUGACUUGGAAGGGGGCAGAUACCCCGUCAUCCCACUUCACCUGCAUUGGAAACACCUGCUUAGCUUAAGUUGUUGAACAACUUCCCAUGGUCCACACGGUCAAAAGCCUUGGAAGCGUCCAAAAACCACAUAAGCACAGAAGAAUUUUUACUUAUAUAUGUAUUUACCAAUUUUUUGGAACGUAAAUGCACAUAUCCGUGCCAUGCUUAUGUUUAAAACCAAACUGAUUACCCGUUGAGCUCAUUAAUGUGUUAACUGUCUCUAGUAGGAUGAGUUCAAAGACCUUAGAGAGAACACUAGCGAGGACGAUGGGUCUAUAAUUGUCAGAGCUGCACGCUUUCCCUGCUUUGUCCUUGAUGACGGGGAUCAUCAACACUUCAUAGAGUCAGGAAGAUAGCCAUGGACCAUAAAGGAUGUAAAGCAGAGUGCGAGAAAUGGAGCAAGCCUUGGACUAGCAUGCCUUAGAUGUUCGGCAGAUAUAGAGUCCAUGCCUGUUGAUUUAUUAACUGAUAAGUUCUUUAUAACCUGAUACACCUCAUGGGUCUGAAAUGUGCACACACCUUCAUUUGCGCCAGAGAAGCCAUCACUCGUACAGGAUGUAAAUAUGGCAGUGGAGCGACGGUCAGCUAAACCUCAUUCCCAGCAGAGCCCUCCACGCAGGGCAUUUGGCGGUUACGGGGACGGCAAAGAGCCACGGCCCAGGUCCCGCUCACCAGUUAACCCUCGCGAGUCCCGCGACCGUGACUCACGCGACCCCCGAGAUCGCGACAACCGCGAAGGACGUGAUGGGAGGGGCUCUCCAGGUAGGGAACCCAGACCAGGAAGCCACCCUCGUGACCAUGAGUACCGUUUUCGCGGUUCCGAUGGCAGAGACAAGGACCUGAGAGGACCACGAGAUCCUGCCUAUAAUAGAGUGGAUUAUGACCGUCACUACCGUGGUGGAAACCCUGGUGAUGACUACUACAGAAGGAAGGAUGAACCAUUUAGGGACCAGUACAGGAACCCUUGGAAUGGACGUCGGGAGGUUGAAGAUGAUCGUGUUCGCCCGGAGGAGCGAAGGCGUAACGAGUUGUAUCGACAGUACUACGAAGAACUGCAGCGGCGCCAGGAAACUGAUCGCCCAGUCGACUGCUCCGUGAUUGUUGUCAACAAGGCCCAAAACCGGGAGUAUGCAGAGACUGUUGGGCGCAAAGUGCACGACUUGGGCAUGGUCGUGGACCUGAUCUUCCUGAACACAGAAGUGUCACUGACACAGGCGCUGGAGGACGUGGGCCGCGCUCGCACACCCUUUGCAAUCAUCAUUACCCAGCAGCACCAGCUGCACCGAUCCUGCACAGUCAACAUCCUGUUCGGCACCCCUCAAGAGCACCGCAACAUGCCGAUGCAGGAUGCCAUGAUGCUGAUUGGCCACAAUUACGACACUUAUAAGAUGGAGAACCGUGAGAAGGAGCGUGAGGAGAUAGCGCGCAAAGCCGCUAAAAUGGCUGACGACGUGCUUUUUCGUGACCCCGACCGCGAGACCCACCCGGUCACCGUACUAACGUCCAUCACGCUACUGGCAGAGAACAGGUUUUUAACGCCCGAAGAACUGGAAGGUAUGAUCGCGUAUCUCACUGACAAACGUGCUCGACUCGUCCGAAAUCCUGUGGACCCGCUUGCAGCCACCGUCCUUCCCCCAGCCGCUGAUGUGCCGCCUGCAUUGGGAAUGGGGACACCAGGACUGGCUCCUCCCCUUACUGCCCGUGUGGCACCGCAGCAGUCGGGCCACUUGGCGCCACAGCAGUCGGGCCACUUGGCGCCACAGCAGUCGGGCCACAUGGCGCCCCAAGCCAGUCUAAUGGCGCCCCAAGCCAGUCUAAUGGCACCGCAGCAGACUGGCAUCAUGGCUCCCCAGUCCAGCCACAUGGCUCCCCAGUCCGGCCACAUGGCUCCCCAGUCCGGCCAAAUGGCUCCCCAGUCCGGCCAAAUGGCUCCCCAGUCCGGCCACAUGGCGCCCCAAUCUAUGGCGCCACAGUCGACACCACUGAGCGCCCAGACCAACUCCAACCAGGAGCUCCAGGCCAAAAUUCUCAGCCUGUUUAAGAGCACCGCAACUUCAAGCGCCUCCUCGACCACUGCACAGUCUCAAGACUACGGCUCAGUGCGGGCCAGUGGGACGGCAGCUCAGGGCUACGCUGCUCCCAUGGGCCGCGCCGCCGCCGCCUCCCCGGGUGGUCCGAGAGCCGGUAACUCUUCUGGCGGUAUCAAUUUUGAUAACCCGAGUGUUCAGAAAGCUCUGGACACUUUGAUCCAGAGCGGACCGGCUCUCAACCACCUGGUGAACACUGGCGGCCUGGCACCACAACAACAGCAGCCGCAGCAGCAGCAACAACAACUGCACCACCAAUCCCAAAUACACCAACAACAAUCUCUUCAAGCAGGUCGGGCAGCUGCCAAUUUGGGCCAAAUGCCACAAAUGUACCCUCGACAUUACUAAGUACAGUAUCCGGAGAUAUAAUAGAUGUGUUUUGUAAGCAAUUUUAACCCUUAUGUUCAUUUUUUGUGGUUGUUGUUAGUUUUUUUUUUUUUUUUUUUUUUUAAUCAUGGCUGUGAAUAUUUGCAUCCCAUCUGUUGCUAUUAAGACAUUUGUGCAGUUUUCACUCAGCAUGUGUUUCAGUUAAUAGACUCCUUUUAUGUUUAUUAAAAAAGUCGCCACACAACUGCUGUAAUAAAAUGGUAUUGGUUUAUUGCAUUUUGUGCUGACAAAUCUAUAAAAUAGAACGGGUAUCAUAGCCAGAAGCCAUAGAGAUAGAAGCAUUUGAAAUGCAAGAUAAAACUACUUUUUUUUUUUUUUUUUUUAAUGUACCAUGAAACACAAUAGCGGGAAUACAUGUUGACUUGUUUUCUUCUUUUUUUUUCAUCUUCAAACCAUAGAAUAUUUAACUGACACUGACACAUAAAAUAAACACUUGCACACUAACUGUAUUUAAUUUAUUUACAGGUAGCCCACACUCUUGCCACCCCACCCCACCCCAGCACAUGUGCAAAACACAUUCCACCCCACAGAACCUAAAGGAACAAUACAGCUUUACUGCACAAUGACCAAUUCUUAAUUGUAAAAUCUCUUGUAGUUGCGAUGUGUGUUUUCAGUAGAGUAUAUAAUCUACACUGUUUUCAAGCAUCCAUAAAAAAUGUUCCCUCAAUUCCAGUGAAUUAAAAACAAGGUCAGGAAUAUUGAAGUGUACAUUAUGGGUGGCCAAGAGAGAUUUCAAAUAUUGAAAGAAGACAACUUUGUAUCAAAUCAGCAUGUGGUCUAAGAUUCAGGUCUUUGGAACACCUUUGAUACGCUUAACUCAUUGGCUGCCAUUUUUGUAAAUGACAGGAAAUUGUUGUUUUAAGAAAAUUGAUAAGGCAAAUAUGAUAGUUUAAAACCAGCAAUGGCUCUACAAUUGAACCUUGUGAGAUUCCUUUUUGCAUCUAAUUCACUGGAGCACAUAUCUGCACAAUAUGUCCAUGUAUAUAUGUAUAUGUUUAUAUAGUUAACAUAAAUAUACUUUGGUUGUCA